AUGGUGCUGAAGAGACCAAUUUUAGCUGCAUUCAUUGUCCUUCUCAGCAGUGCCUUAGUUGUCAUGGUUAUGCUCAUCAUACAACAGUUCAAGAAAGUCACUAUCCCUGUUGGGCUAAAGUAUGGAAUUGUCUUCGAUGCUGGAGCCUCCAGUACAACUGUUUAUGUUUAUAACUGGCCAGCGGAAAAGGAGAAUAACACUGGUGUCGUCAGUGAGAAGUACAAAUGUGAAAGUGAAGGAUCUGCCAUUUCUGAUUUUGACAAUGAACCAGCAGAGGCUGUCCAUUCAAUAGAACAGUGUCUCAAUAGAACAAUAGAAGUAAUCCCAGCAGAGAAACACAAUGCUACACCGCUCUUCCUCGGAGCUACUGCAGGAAUGCGACUACUCCGAAUACAGAAUUCAGUAGCCUCAACUAUGAUCCUCUCCGCUAUUGAAAACUACCUCCGCUCUUCACCAUUUGAUUUUAAAGGUGCCCACAUUAUCUCUGGGGAAGAGGAAGGGGCCUACGGAUGGAUUACAGCAAAUUAUUUACUGGGUAACUUCCGCCAGGGACGUACUUGGAAACAGCUAAAUCGACCUUUCACAAUAAUGACCAAAGGUACCCUGGAUCUGGGUGGAGCUUCAACAGAAAUAGCAUUUGUUCCCAAGCUGCAGUCACACAAGUAUGAGAACACAGUAAUCACACUGUACAACCACAAAUAUAAUGUCUACAUUGAAAGCCUAGCCUGUUAUGGACGAGAUGAAGCUGAGAACAUAUAUUGGGCAAAUCUCAUCCAGAAAUCUGCCAAUAAAUCAAGCAUUAAAGACCCUUGUCUUCCCUUACACUACACUAUGACUCUCCAACUGGAGGAAGUCCUUAGAAGUUCAUGCAUUGUAGCUAAGCUACGAGACGACUAUGAUGCUGACAAUAAUGUCACUCUCAUUGGGACUGGAGAUCCUGCUCUGUGCCGCCGGCAGUUGUUAUCAAUAUUUAACUUUACAUCUUCCUAUGUUAAAGGCGUUUGGAAAGAGCGUUUUGUUGCAAUCAAUCAACUGAUGCAUGGCGAAUUUGUGGCCUUUUCCGGUUUUUAUUAUACAAUGGAAGCCUUGAAUUUAACUGGAUCCUUUUCCAUUGAUGUUUUCCAUUCAACAGUCCGGUCUUUCUGUAAGAAAACCUGGAAUCAAGUCCAACAGUUACUGCCAAAUAUGUUAGAGUCAAAUCGCAGAGCAUAUUGUUUCAAUGCCAAUUACAUCUAUGUUCUACUAGUGCAAGGUUACAAGUUUAAUCGACUGACUUGGACCCAUAUUACUUUUCAGGAACAGGUGGAAAAUAACAGCAUAGGCUGGUCACUUGGUUACAUGUUGAACCUUACCAACAUGAUUCCAGCAGAAAAUCAAGUGACCCAAGCACCAAUGAGUGAAGCUGCAUUCUGUGGAAUCCUAGUUCUGUUUUUAACUCUGAUCUUAUUCUGUUCAAUUUUCAUUUGUAUUUCAAUAAUACGAUCAUUCUAA